AUGUUUAACUCAAGAGAUCCAUUUGUCACUUAUAAGCGACAAUCUGAGGAAAAUGUUAAAGAAAUGAAGAGAAGAAGACAGUUGAAUGUCAUUAGUGGAAAUCUCAAAAGUAAACAAACUCAAACUCAAAGUCGAAGUCAAAAUCAACAACCGAAAAGAAGACCAUUACAAGAGAUAAAAUCAUCCAACAUAUUUGAAACUAGAGGAUUGAAGAAAAGGUUAGAACUGGGUAAACAUAAGGAUCAGAAUAAUAGUGUAAUACCGACUCAGCAUUAUGAUAGCACAUCUAUUUACUCAGAGCUCAUUAAAAGACAACACCAGGUUCAAUUAAGUCAACAAGUCAAUCAAUCUCAACCAAAUAUGCUGUUAUCGGGUAUAGCUUCUCAGAUUGUGUCUAAUUCUCUAUCAAGAUCAAUUGGAUUAGACUCACGAAGAGAUAAAUUUCAAGUGGUAAAGAGUGAGUUGAUUAAUAGAAGGAACUUACACUUUAAGUACACAACAUUACAACCAUCAUUAAUUGAACAAUCCAACGAUUCAAUUCAAAGCUUUUUUAAUCAUUUGAGCAUGACUAAAUACAAUUUUAUUACAAAUUCAGAUAAACCAAGUCAUAGACAACCCACUCAUAUGGUUAAAUCUGUAUUUCGAAUAGGAAAGUUCGUGGAUUCAACUAUAUUGGUUAACUUAAAAACAAGUGAAGAAAGUCAGGUGUUACUAUUAUUGACUGAUAAUAGAUUUAAUGUACAAGUUAAUGAUAAGUUGAUCCUUAAUAAUGAUUUAAUGAUGAAACAAAUGGUUAAUGGUAAAGAGGUUAAAAUCUACAAGGAAUGGAAAAUCUUGAAAAGUGAAUUCAAAGAUAUUGAUUUCUUUAAUUAA